AUGUCGGAAGAGGAAAUCCGAAAAGAAUCAAAUGGUGUCGUAAUAAUGAGAGAUUGCACAUGCCAGGAAGUGAACUGCGGAAAAUUUAAUCGCAAAGCUGUUGUCGAUGAUGAUUAUGAUAAUGGUGGUGGUGGUGGUGUUGAAGAUGAUGUCCGCAUAGAAGCUGGUGGUGGCGGUAAUGAUACCUUUGAUGACGAGAUUGAGGAUGAUGAAGAAGAUGAAGAUGAUGCAGAUGAUGAGGAUGGUAAAGAUGAUAAAGAUGAUGGGGAUGAUGAUGAGGAGGAUGAAAAUGAGGAAGAGGAUGAAGAAGAAGAAAGAAAGGAAGAUAUUGCAGAUGAUUCUUAUUGGCGUCCAUUGAAUAAUAUAUGA